AUCACCUCUCAUCUUCCUUUAUUUCUCCAUAGACCCAUCUUCUCCCCUCUCUCUCUCUUUCUGUCUCUCUGUUUGUUUUGUUACGUUUACUUUCUUUAUUUCCCCCACCUUUUUCUUCGUCUCUGUGGUUCUGUCUCGCUGUCUCCCCGUAAACAUGAGUGGCAGUUCUAGGGUUCCAAUCCCUAACAAUGUCCGUAAAACGAUCCAAAACAUCAAAGAGAUCGCCGGGAACCACAGCGAUGAGGAGAUAUAUGCAAUGCUCAAGGAGUGCUCAAUGGAUCCCAACGAAACCGCUCAGAAGCUAUUGCUUCAAGAUACAUUUCAUGAGGUCAGAAGGAAACGUGACAGGAGAAAGGAGAAUCUGAACAACAGAGAGCCUGCAGAUUCUAGAUGGAAAUUAGGUGUGCAGGGGAGAGGGGGCAGGGGUGGUCGUGGAAACUAUUCUCCUCGUUACGUCUCUCAUGAUGCUGGUGGUGGGAGGAACGCUGUGGCUGGAAAAGAAAAUGGAGUCAAUCAAGGCACUGAGAGAGGGGUUACACCUUCUUUGCCAGUAUCUCAGGAUACAGAAAAUAAAGCAACGACUCCUGCAUCAAGCUCUGUUUCUGUUGUGGCUAAUGGUUCCACAACUGUGGCUUCUGGGAGUUCCAGUCAUGGACGUGCCUCCCAAUUGCCAACUGGCAGUGGCAUGAACACAUCUGAAGAUAGUUCCGGUUUUGAUGCAAAUCAGCUCGGAAGUGAACCUCCUCCUUCACAUGUCAAUGCAAAGAGUGACAUCCCUGCAUCUGUGGUUGGAGUUUCAGGUGGUCAGCCCACACCAAGCUCUGACCACUUCUCGGCUUUGAUGACUCCUGCAUCUGUGUCCGGUGUAUAUUCCUCGGCUUCAGAUCCUGUUCUGGUGCUUUCUCUGGAUUCACGGCUUCCAGGUGCGGUAGGCACAAUUAAACGUCAGGUGGGGAGCCAACGAACAAGUGUUGAGCCAAAUGCGACCAUCUCUGCUGAUAGCAAGUCAACUGUUCCUCAGGACUUAACUAAUCAUCUUCAGAUGGACAAAACUAUAGCUCAUGAUGUAGUUGAAUCUGAGUUUGCUUCAUCAACGAAUGAGAAAGCAGUUUCAGACAUUGGGAGCACCAUGCACAGCAGGAUGCUUGCCAAAUCACAGGGAGUUGACAGGAAUCAGCUCUCUGAGCCAUCACAACCUACAUCUUCUACUCAUGGUGGCUCUACAGCUAGUAGGCCUUCAUCUAAUUACAACAAUCGGUCGCAACAACUUAUUGGUCCUCAGAAGGCAGUAGGCCCUGGCAAGGAGUGGAAACCAAAGCCUACAAACAAUAAUACUUCUCAAGCUAGUGGAGCCAUUGGGAUAUCUGAUGGUGUGUCUAUCACUAUCGAAGCUGGCGCUCAGUCACAACCUUUAUUGAAUGCCUCUGCUUCAGAAGAAGCAACUUUAAAGUUGCAGAAGAAGUUGGAAGAUUUACGUUUCUCCAAUGGUCAACAUGUUAUCAUUCCUACCCACCUCCAUGUCCCUGAAGCAGAAAGAACUGGAUUGAGUUUUGGAAGCUUUGAUGCUAGUUUUGGGACCAGCAUGAGCUAUGCAAAUGGUCCUGAUAGUGACAAGAGCUCUACACCUCUGUCUGAAUCCUCACAGGGUUUUGAAGAAACUGCUGAGGAACCUUCCUCAAGCAAUCACAAUGCAUUCCCUGCUGCUCAGGAAGAAGGGUAUCCUGAUCAUCCACAGUCACCUACACAGAUGCCAGAAAAUUUGUCAUCUGGAGAGGCUGAUGUCUCAUCCAGCCAAGUCACAGAGUCCAAGCCAGAGACGCUUUUGCCAUCUGGUGGUCCUCAGUACUCGGUUGUCCAUACUGCUGCAAAUUACAGUUUUGGGUUCAUGCCACCUGUGGUAGGAGGUCAGCUGGCACCCUUUGAAAGCUCUGAGCCUCAGGCACGUGAUGUCUCUCGCCUCCCAAGCUUUGUUGUUCAGCAGCCAUUUGAUCCCUCCGCAAGCUAUUAUACACAGUUUUACCGGCCUGGUGUUGAUGGUGAUGGCCGCUUCUCUCCCUUCCUUGCUCCCGGAACUGCAACCAAGUACAAUGGGAAUAUUGCAGUGCUGUCUUCUCAGACUGGCCAGUCUCAAGAGAGUGGCAACUCCUUGGUCCUGUCUACUACAGCUCCAACUCCACUGGUGAGUCAAGCUGCGGGUGUGAUGCAGAGCUCUAUAGCUGUAACUCCGCAACCAGUUCCUGUUUUCAGGCAGCCUGCUGGAGUUCAUAUCUCUCAUUAUCCUCCUAACUACAUGCCAUAUAGCCAGUAUUUCUCCCCAUUCUAUGUACCACCUCCAACCAUUCACCAUUUUCUAAGCAACACUGCGUUCCCUCAGCAACCACCAACAGGCAAUGUAUAUCCACCUCCUUCAGCAGCUGCUGCCACUGGUGUCAAAUACUCUCUUUCUCAAUACAAACCUGGAACUAAUACCAGCAACUCAACACACAUAGGAGUGGCCACUGGUUAUGGACCAUGCAGCUCCUCCCCUGCUGGUUACCCUCCCAGUCCUGCCACAAACACAGGAAACUCUGCAGGAAAUGACGAUGUUGCAGCUUCUCAGUUCAAGGAAAAUAAUGUCUACAUCACUGGCCAGCAGAGUGAAGGAUCGGCGGUCUGGAUUCCUGCACCAGGAAGAGACAUCUCUGGUCUGCAGGCUAGCUCUUUCUACAACCUUCCUCCUCAGGGUCAGCAUGUGGCCUUUGCCCCUACACAGGCUGGCCAUGGUGCAUUUGCUGGAAUCUAUCACCCUGCACAGACGGUGGCUGCGGCAAGUGUCCAUCCACUGCUGCAACAGUCUCAGACAAUGGCUGGAGCUGUUGAAAUGGUGGGACCCCCAGCUGGUGUCUAUCAGCAGCCUCAGCGUGCUCAGAUGAAUUGGACUAAUAAUUACUGAAAGGGGGAUUCUUUGUGGAGAGUGAAACCAAGAAAUAGAAAUCGAUCUUGGAAUUCUUGGAGAUACAUGGAGUUUGGGUGGAGGGGAACAUCGGGAAAAAAUCUAUGACAUCGCCAUUAUCUGAGUGUAAAUAUAUAGAUGGAUGGGAAAUUGUGUCAAGUGGGGGAGGAUGCUCGGGGAUUGGGAUGGAAGGUGAGAUUUACCUGUGACUGAUAUUGACCAUUUUAAGUUAGUUGAGGAGCCAUGUGCAGGUGUUUACUUGCUUGCUGCUGGUGCUGGUCCUUUUCUUUUUUCCCCAUUUUAUAUUUUUUCUGUUCUGAAUAGAAAUUCUAGCCCUUUAUUUUUGAAUUACUCUGGGUGGUGAAUAGCUUUAUGGGUUUUUUUUCCCCUUCCUUUUUUCUCCUCUUUUAGGUCUAUAGGGACUCCUGAAGGUAAGAUGAAGUUGGUGGGUUUUCCUUCUUUUUCUUCCACUGUCUUACCUGUAAAUUAAAUUUUGAUAGUAAGAGAUGAUGAUGAUGAUGAUGUAUGACAAACUGUUGUAAUUGGUAUAAGAGAAGUAGAAAUAUUUUUUGGUCA